UGUAGAACUGUCAAAUGUUUCUUAUCAAUCUUCCAUACGUCAAAAAAGUACACUGAAAUAUGUAAAAUUCAACGUUUAUUAUCAUUUAUUCAAAAUUACAUUGUAACAAAUUUUUAUUGCGGUGAUAACAAGGAUCUUUUAUGGCGACUGGAAAUAAUAUAUCAGACGAUGAAUCGAAAUACAUAAAUAAAAUUCAAUAUGUAAACGAUCCAAGUGACCAAAAUACAAGUAUGAGUGUGAUAUCAAACAAUGAGAGCGAUAAACAAGUGGAUAAUGUUAAUGUUGAAGAAGUAGUUGCUGUUGGAGAUGAAGGUAUUUCAGAUUGUUCUCCAGGUGCUAGUGAACGGGAUUCAUAUAGCCCAGCACCAAACGAUCAAAGACAGAGGUCGUCACCAAAAAAAUCAAGUCCUGUUACACCAAAUAAAUUUAUUGAGUCUACAAGUUUUAAUAGUGAUUAUCCUGAUAAUACAAGUCCAAGUUUAAAUCCUCCAGAAAGUUUAGAAGAGACAAAAAUUGAAAAUGAAGUACAUGAACAAGAAUUAUCAGAAUUACGCUUAUCUGUUGCAAAAUACAAAGUAGAUUUAGAGCGGGCUAUAGAUCAUAUCCAUUAUCUGGAAGAAGUCAAUUUACAGCAGGGAUUAGCUAGAGCAGAAGUAGAAGCCAAAUAUCAAACGGCGAUACAACGGUAUGAAAGUGCAAAAAGAGAAAAAGAAGCAACUGUUAUGCGAUAUGCGGUUAGUGAAAAAAACGUUAUUGAUCAGAAGAAUGCAAGAGAAUUAUUAGAAAAACAAUUGCGUGAUGCAAUGAAAGAGAUUGAGUUACUUAAUAAUAAAGUAUCGUUAUCAGCAUCGGAAAAAAAUCGUAUUUGUCAAUUAUUUGACAAUAAAUGUCACGAAUUAUUUAGUGCACAAAGAGAAUGCGAAAAAUAUAAAGGAAAUUUAUUUACAACGGAACAAGCUUUAAAAAAUACUAAAUCGGCGUUAAAAAGUGAACAGGAAGCACGUCGGGAUCUUCAACAUACCAUAGAAACAUUAAAUUCAAAAUUAUCAGCUGCUAAUACGCAGAUUGAAACAGCCAAACGUGAAGCACAAGACUCUAUUCGUACUUUUCGUGAAUCCCAAGAAAAUAAAGCAUUUAUGCUUGAUAAACAGCUAAAAGAAGUUACGGCAAACUUAAUAUUGGUUCGACAUGAAUGUGGUGACAGGGAACAACGAUCUCAUUAUCUGCAACUUGAACUGGAUAAAUUGCAAGAAAAAUUUGAAAAAGUGAUUCAAGAGAAUAAUCAAUUGUCGUUAAAGGUACAACAAUUAGAAUUGGAACGAUUUGAAACGGAUAAAAAAUUAGCUGAAUUACGUGAAACUAAAAACAAAGAAUCUGAACAAACUGCAAAAUCAAUAGCAUUAGAGUCUCAAUUAGAACAAAUAAAACUUAAAUUAGAAAGCAAAGAAGAAAAAUACAAAUUAAUGGAAAUAGAAAACGAUAAGUUAAGACAACAAAAUUUUGAACUUCAAAACGAUAUAGAAAAUUGUGUUCAUCGUGAAGAAGAAAUGUUAAAAUUUACACAAACAUUAACAGAGAAAAAUGUUAGACUUCAAUCUGAAUCAUCUGCUAUUGAAACAAAAGUACAACAAUUGCAGUGUGAACAAGAAAAUUUACGUAGAUCAACGAAAGAAAUGCAAUCAAAAAUAAAUAUCCUUACAAAAGAUUUGGAAGACGAAAAGGAAGGCCGAAACAGCGAAAAUACUUUAUUGACAAGACAUGUAGCAGAAAAAACUCAGGAAAUUGAAAAAUUAAAACGUGAGUUGGAAUAUCAAAAAGGUGAAAAUCAAGUAUUGAAACGAAAAUUCGACACCACAGUUAAGCAAAUGACAAAAGAAUUACAGCAUUGCCAUAAAACGAUUGAGUCCCUUAAAAAUAGCGAAGAAAUGAAAAACUCAUAUAAAUCAUCAUCUCAAUCGUCAGAUGUUAGUAAUUCACCUUCGCCUAUUAAUAGAGCUCACGAAACUGUUAAUAAGGAGGCAGCCACCAUCUCUACUUCGAAACCAGCCAAUACUACAUCCACCAGCACAAGCCCCAUAGUUUUAGAUACACCAAUUGAAUUAGAUAAAUCUGCGUUAUUGGAACAUGUAAUGCGAUUGCAAAGGAUAAGUGCAAGGAAAUCCGAGAAAUUAGAUUUUCUAGAGAGUCAUGUACAAACUUUAGUAGGAGAACUACAAAAGAAAAGUCGAUUAUUACAAGAUUAUAUGGUUCGAGAACAGACAGGUGCUCUCACCUCUAAUGCAAUGGAUAAUCACAAAGCGGAGGUAGCAAAAUCAAAAGGAGUAAUGGCGUCCAUGUUCAAUUCCCGUGUAUCAGACAACAAUUUAACAUUAGAACUCUCAUUGGAUAUUAACAGAAAACUGCAAGCUGUAUUAGAAGAUACGAUACUCAAAAAUAUCACUUUGAAAGAAAGUGUGGAUACAUUGGGACAAGAAAUUGAACGCCUAAAGUCAGAGAUAAAAACAAAUGUAACUUAAUCUGAAAUGUGUAAAUAAAAAAAGAUU